AUGUCCUUCCUUCAAUCAUCUUCAAAACCUCUCUUCUUCAGGUUUCAUUUUAAUUUCUCCCCGUUUCUGCAUAUCUUCAUUUAUCCGUCUGUUCCUCCCUACCCAUAUUUCCUUCCUUCAAUAAUUUUCAUUCACACACUUUGUCUAUCCUUUCUUUCUUCAUUUUUUUACAUUCUCUCCCCCUCUGCAUAUCUUUAUUUCUCCGUUUUUCCCCCCAUCUCUAUUUUCAUCCUUCAAUCAUUUUCCUUCAUUUUCCCCUUCUAUCCUUCCUUUCUUCAUUCCUCCUUUUUUUUCUCUCCGCUCUCUAUGACUUACUUUCUCCGUCUGUUCCAUCUUCGAUAUUUCCUUCCUUGCUUCAUUUUUCUUCAUUCUCCUCUUCUAUCCUUCUUUUCUUCGAAAAUAACCCAAUUCCCUUAUAUAUUUUCCUUUUUUUCCUUCCCCCCAUUCACAAAACAUUUAUAUUAUUCUUUUCUUCCAUCAUUUUGUCUCUUUUAUUCGUUGAAUUCACACCAUUCUUUCUUCACUACCCAUUUUCUUACUUUCUUCCACCCUGUCUCCUUUCUUUCUCUCCUUCAUUUCUCUAUUUUUUCGUUCCUUCCUUUCCUUCUUCCUUUCUACCUUGCUAUAUUCCUCCCUUCAUUCUUUCCGUAUCUCUGUUCCAAGAUGUCCCCGGUCGAUCUAUUUUUCUUCAAUUUUCUAUCUAUCUAUCUAUCUAUCUAA